CUGAGACACAACUUUACACUCCGUGGAGUAAAAACUCACAGACAAGCCAGUCCCUCAGCGAUGCUUCUCCGACACCACGCGAGAGAUUGAUCACCGAUCAUCAGGACUGAUCGUCCGCCGGCAGUCAGCCCUGUAGUGUGCAGCGGAGAAAGCAUAACCAGUGUGCCCCCCUCCUCCUCCUCCUCCUCCUCGUUGAGCUCCAGUCUCUCUCAGGAAAACGACGCAGACAUGUCAGAGAGGAGAGGUCAGAAGAAGUCCAUCUUUCUGUCAUCAUUAUUAGUGUGUUGCAUGUUUGCUAGUGCAGAGUAUUCCAGCUGUGGAGAGUACGAGUUCUUCAACCAGACCAGUAACAGCUGUAAGGCCUGCCCUCAGUGCCAGCCGGGACAAGAGCCACAUAUGACCUGUGGCUACGGAGUGAAGGACGACGACUUUGCCUGUGUGCCGUGCCCACAUGGGAAGUAUUCCAAAGGGAAGUAUGAAAUCUGCAGACGGCAUAAGGACUGUGACGCCCUCUACAAAGCCACUGUACGCCUAGCAGGAACUCCAGACAGCGACGCUGAGUGUGGACCUUGUUUACCAGGGUAUUACAUGCUGGAGACCAGACCCAGGAACCUCUACGGGAUGGUUUGCCAUUCCUGCCAGAAUGCACCGCGCAACACCAAAGAAUGCAAGUUAACACCUGGACCAAAAGAAAAACCUCCGAUCGACCCUGGCAGCACAACUGUGUUCCCUCAUCCACAUAAAGACUCAACUGGACAAGGUCACUUAGCAACAGCUCUCAUCAUUGCCAUGUCAACCAUUUUCAUCAUGGCCAUCGCCAUUGUCCUCAUCAUUAUGUUUUACAUCCUGAAGGCCAAACCAAGUGGCCAGGCAUGUUGUUCUGGACAAGUUGUGAAGGCGGUGGAAGCCCAGACAAAUAAACAGGAAGACAAGAAAGAUGUUCCUGACAACGUGGUGAACUACUCAGAGAAGGACGAGUUCGACAAACUCAAAGCGCCUCCUCAGAAGACUGUGAAAAGUGAAAAUGACGCAUCAUCUGAGAACGAGCAGCUGUUGAGUCGAAGUAUUGACAGCGACGAGGAGGCAUCUGAGAAGCAAGGAUUAGCAGAGAGCAAGAAGCCCAACCUGUGCCUCGUCAACAUGGGGAACAAGCCCGACCUGUGCCUGCUCUCUCUGGGCCUCCGGGACCGCGACCGAGCCUGCAACGGGAACCCCACCAUUGCAGAUAACAUCCCGAGUCCAAACCACAUCAGCAAUGUCAACCACAUCAACAGCAUGAACGCAAUUAACAACAACAAUAAAACACCAGGGAUGCUACAGAGUAGAAGGAAAAAGAUCCUGGAUCUGUACGCCAGAGCUUGCAAUGCAACAGAGGGCCUGAGCCCCACAGAGCUUCCUUUCGACUGUCUGGAGAAGGCCAGUCGCAUGCUGAGCUCCUCGUACAGUAGUGAGGCAGCCGUGGUGAAGACAUGGAGGCAUCUGGCCGAGAGCUUUGGGUUAAAGCGCGACGAGAUUGGUGGCAUGAGUGACGGUCUGCAGCUCUUUGAGAGAGUGAGCACUGCGGGCUACAGCAUCCCAGACCUCCUGACCCGCCUGGUACAGAUCGAGAGGUUGGACGCCGUUGAGUCGCUCUGUUCUGACGUUCUGGGCAGCAGUGAGAUGGCAGCGGCUGCCGGGCGGCAGGGCAUUGGUAGUUUCCACAGCCAGUUAGCCUGUCCAUCUCCAUGCCCCUCUCCAUCCCAGCGCUGUGCCAGUGUCUAAACAUGUGCUGGAGCAGAGACUUCACAGACAAUGCCUUACAGUAUACAUGUAUGUAGUGACAGAUACUGCUCUGACGAGGAGGAUAGCACAUGUACAGUAUAGACCUUACCCCAGUCACAUGAAGAAUUUCAGUGGACCUCCCUAUGCACAAUCCUUUUUUCCUCUUAUGGGUUUCCUCUGUCAAGAAGCUAGUAAACUGGAACACUUUGUGGGCCUUAAUAUUCUGCCUUUCUAAAGUGCUUAAGCCAAAAAUGAAAGACCAAAGAUUCAAAUGACACUCUAGUUUACCAGGUCAGAUAUUUUAUCUUAGCAAGAACAAAAUACUUAAUUUUUUUGUUUUAAUUUCACAAGUGAGCUGAUACAUUUUUGCCAAAGUAGCUAGAACUGCGCGCUGGACGCCAACCAAGAACACAUGUAACUUUGAUUUACAUACAUUUGGAUACAAAAUUGAGUAGGUUGUGCAGCUGAGAAACAAAUGCAAUGCUGUGCUGAUGGAAAUGUUUUUUGUACAACUCCUCUGCAGCGGUGCAGAUAUAGUGCCUUUCUUGUUUGGCACACAGGUUCACCAGUCAUUAGGAAGAAUGUGGAUGUGCAUGCGUUCUUAAUUGUAGUCAGGAUCAAGACCCUCUGGCUAAUGCCACAGCCUACUGACUGUAACUAGAAGUUUUUUUUCCAUAAUAGAGAGAGAAAACUUUCUUUUAAAGAAGAUUCCUCAUUGCACCUCGGACUGUGAUGACACAUCACAUCACAGAGGAACAACAGCAAAUACGAGAUCCCUAUGCAAUAUGCCCAGCUCUAAACUCUAGGGACAAUUCCUGUGUUCUGUACUGAACUGUAACCCUGACAGCUAAAUUAAUUCACCUGUAAUCAACAUAACAGAAGAGUAUUUUCACUUUGAAAGAAUCCUAUAAAGCUGAGCUAUUUAAGCUGGUGUGUGUUCAGUGUUAAUCCGACAUGAUGCUUGACUACAUCACUGCUCUGCUGCACACGUUAUGCCUGAACACACAUGUAAAGCUGCUUUCCACAACCUGACACACAAGCCUACAUGCUCUCUCACACUGCGAGAACUUCCUCAGCAGCGACCCAGUCUGUGACCCCAACACCCUUAUAAUUCGUCCUCUCGCCACAUUUUCCCCUUUUUACCCCAAUGCUGCGGUCUAGUGCUGCCGCCAGACCUAAUUAUUUGGCGUGUGGCUGCCUGGGCCCCUAAUGGGCUGCAGUGUUGUGGUUUACAAACCGGGUGCAAAGUGCCUGUGAUUUCCAGCACCCAAUUAAGCAUUUAGGGCCACUUAACCACCGAAAGCCCAGUGGAAAAGCUUUUAAAACCCCCGUAUUAAAAAGAGAGAUGCCACAGAGGAGGCAUGACUAACUGCCCCUGAGGGUGGCUGCGACCUGAACAGUGCAGGAAUGCAGCCGGUCGUGGUGGAAGCAGCGCUACGGUCGUCCUAUAACGUCUGACCUUACUCAGCUUUUGUGGUCGGCUAAGUCAUGCUCAGACAGGAUUUAAGCUCCCCUCUCCCCUUUGGGACCGUUAAGGCAAAUGAGAACAGUAUGCAGCUGUGUGAGUUGCAGUCCUCUGUAAAGCAGCUAAAAAGAAAGUGUUAAAGUUACAGAGACCAAGGGGGACUCAAAGAAAGCAUCAAGUUAAACAUUAUAAAUAGCAUCACAUUAAUGCUCAUUUUAGAGAUUUAGUGAUUAUCUUUCCAGAUAAGAUGCUGUACUGUAGGUCAGCAUCCCACUUUUAUCCUGCAGUUAAGCUUCAAAACUCAGCAGUAAGCUCUACAUGCCAACUUAAAUAAGCAACGCCAAGACUGCCUUUGAUCUCAUGUCUCGGUAAUAAGACUCAUCUUUAUCUGAUGCCUGAUGAUGUGAGCAUUAUGUCCCAUGGCAGCUAUGCACAAAAUCAAACACAACGCCUGCUGCCAAGUUCUUUGUCUAAGUCUUUUUUUUUUCUUCCAUCUUUUAAAAGAGCAAACUUUGGGGCUGGACUCCAAUGCUUUAACUUAAUUAAUGUGCAUGUUCAUCAAUCAUGUAAUUGUCCUUUUCUUUCUUUGAAUAUCUCUUCAUAAAAAGGCUCACAUUUUUAAAUGUAACACAUUAGAGCAGGGUUGUCUUCACAGCCAACACAUUUCCCUACAGUAAACUUAUUACCGUGACCUGUGUGGUGGAAAACCUUCAAAGACAGUUCUAAACAGGUUUAACUCUUUUUUUAAAUGAUGUUUUAUGCUGUUGGACUUUUUGUAAAUAAUCAAAUUGAUGGAACUGCUUUGAAAUGAAAUGGACCUAAGCCCUGUUAUUAGACAGGCAAAGUCUUGUCUGACAUAUAUUAUGCUGAUAGGAUGAAAUACAGAAGCCAAACAUGAAUUACUUACCUCAAUAGCACACACAGACGAGUAGAACAUGUAGAAACACACUCAAACUCUUCAAAAGUAUAA